CAUGAUUAAUCGUUUAACAAUAUGAAACUUACUUACACAUAUAAUUGUAUUUAUAAUAACAUCAUCACGGUCAGCCCAACUUUGCCACCAUGAAGAUUUUAACAAUCUCUGCACUGCUAUUGCUUGCAUUCGGAAGCAGUUCUGCUGCUCCAGCCGGAACCGUUCAGGAUGGGGACAAGAUGGCCGUUUUCGAAGAAAAGGGAUUCGCUAAUACCUUACACCACAACAGAAUGAAGAGGUCCAUCUCGGACAGCCAGAUAUCGCAAUUUACGCCAUUUGAAGACGACAUAACGGAUGACUCCAGAAACAGGCGAAGUCCAGAUGAAAAUACUGACACAACAACACCAAAACCAAUGAAAGGACGUGCUUUCUUUAACGGUAAGCCAAUCGGCGUGUCGCAAUUGUGUGAUGGAUGUGGCAUCGUAAACCCCUACGCAGGAGGAACCUAUAUCGGAAAAUAAUUUUACCCUAAAACACAAUCAAUUAUUUCAGAGGCAAAAUAAAUUUGGGUAUAUGCACUGUUAAAAAAUGAGAAAUGUUUGACAUUUAUUUGACGUCAUCAUUAAUAUGUACGAAUCAUGCAAGGAACACGAUUUGCAUCAUAAAAGUCUUACGAUUUCACAAUGGUUGUAAAGUAAUAUCAAUGUUGGAAUAUUUGUAGCUCGUCGAUAAAUAAAUUAAGUGUCAAACAACGAAAUACA